GGUCGAUGUUCAAGAGAAAACUGUAAGUACCUUCAUCCACCUUCUCAUUUAAAAACCCAGCUAGAGAUUAACGGCCGCAACAACCUCAUCCAGCAGAAGACAGCAGCAGCCAUGCUUGCCCAGCAGAUGCACUUCAUGAUCCCAGGCACGAGCAUGCAGCCUGUAGUAAGUACAGUUUAUUAUACACCAUCCCAAAACUCAGAUCCUUCAUUUCAGAUGUUUAGUAGUGUCUGUACUGGCUGCUGUCCCUUCUCAUUUACAGCCUACGUUCAAUGUCACCCAGGGGCUUGGUACGAGCCCAGGUCUCAGCUACUCUCCUUACCUUACACCCAUGACAUCCGUGAGCCAUGGGAUGAGCUUGAUGCCCACGGAGAUGCUCCCCAGCACCCCAGUCAUGGUCCCUGGAAGUCCCCCAGUCACAGUCCAGAGCUCCAACUCGUCCUCCUCUUCCCCCUCACAGAAGCUGUUGCGCAUCGACAAACUGGAGGUAUCAAAUCACCUUCACACAAACACAAACAAGGCUGUAUCAUAUGCUGUAUUAAUACACUGAGUAUACAAAACAUUAAGAACACCUUGAGUUGCAACCCCUUUUGCCCUCAGAACAGCCUCAAUUUGUCGGGGCUUGGACUCUACAAGGUGUCGAAAGCGUUCCACAGGGAUGCUGGCCUAUAUUGACUCCAAUUCUUCCCACAGUUGUGUCAAGUUGGCCGGAUGUCCUGUGGGUUGUGGACCAUUCUUGAUACAUACGGGAAACUGUUGAGUGUGAAAAACCCAGCACCGCUGCAGUUCUUGACACACUCAAACCAAUUCCCCUGGCACCAACUACCAUACCCCUUUCAAAGGCACUUAAAUUCUUUGUCUAACCCAUUCACCCUGUGAAUGGCACACAUACACAAUCCAUGUCUCAAUUGUCUCAAGGCUUAAAAAUCCUUAUUUACCUGUCUCCUCCCCUUCAUCUAAACUGAUUGAAGUGGAUUUAACAAGUGACAUCAAUAAGGGAUCAUAGCUUUCACCUGGAUUCACCUGGAUUCACCUGGUCAGUCUAUGUCAUGGAAAGAGCAGGUGUUCAUAAUGUUUUGUACACUCAGAGCACAUUUAUUACGGAAUGCCUGUUGAAAACAGGGUACAUUGCCAGGGUGCUACUACGUCAGCUAUCUCUUCCUGUGUGGUUUUCCUAUUGUAGGUGUGUCGUGAGUUCCAGCGGGGGACCUGUGCGCGAGGCGAGACGGACUGCCGCUUUGCCCACCCCAGCGACAGCCCCAUGAUCGACACCAGUGACAACACUGUCACCGUCUGCAUGGACUACAUCAAGUCGCGCUGCUCCAGGGAGAAGUGCAAGUACUUCCACCCCCCUGCUCACUUACAGGCCAAAAUCAAAUCCUCUCAACACCAGGUCAACCAUACGGCCGUGGCAGCUCAGGCAGCAGCUGCAGCCAUGGUAAGAUGCUUCCCUCCAGACCCAUGGGCAGCAGCAUAGAACACACACACCAUUGGCUAGUAUAGCUACUGUAAUACUGUACCGUCCCUUCUGAUUAAGGGCAACUUGUCCUAUUCAUUUUAAAAAUGCAACGCAUUCUACAUUCACAGUAGUGGGCCUACUAUCUUAAUCCUGUUAAAUUACCCUUUGUUGGUUGAUUAGCUAACAUCAUAGAAUGUGGAGCACUGCUUUAUUUAUUAUAAUAAUAAUAAUUGGGUGGGUGCUUAUAUUUGUCCUAUUUCACACAAGUGUGUAUACGUAUGUUUGAAUUGAAAAUGUGUUUUUUUGCUUACCCCAACUCCCCAUGAGAGUGGGUCACAGCCAAGGUCAGCCAUUAUCAACGGCAACCCUGGAGCAAUUAUGGUUAAGUGUCUUGCUCAAGGGCACAUCGGCAGAUUCAAACUAGCGACAUUUCGGUUACUGGCCCAACGCUCUAACCGCUAGGCUACCUGCCACCCUAUUUGUAUAUACAAUGUAGCUACAUUAAAUAUAUGUCAUAUAUACGCUCUUAAGACUCAAAAUGUCAAUUGCCCAGUAUGUAGUAGUCCUCAAUUGCCUUUAAACUGUCACAUAGCAUAACCAUUAAUUUGUGAAUCUCCUUAUGUGAUGCUAACUUUUUACCUGUUGGUUAGCUAACCUUUACCUAGCUGGUUAGCUAACCUUUACCUAGCUGUUUCACUAAAGAUAACCUUUACCUAGCUGUUUAACUAAAGUUGUCCUUUACAUAGCUGUUUAACUAACCUUUACCUAGCUGGUUAACUAACCUUUACCUAGCUGGUUAACUAACAUUUACCUAGCUGGUUAACUAACAUUUACCUAGCUGGUUAACUAACCUUUACCUAGCUGGUUAACUAACCUUUACCUAGCUGGUUAACUAACAUUUACCUAGCUGGUUAACUAGUCUUUACCUAGCUGGUUAACUAACCUUUACCUAGCUGGUUAACUAACCUUUACCUAGCUGGUUAACUAAAUUUUACCUAGCUGGUUAACUAACCUUUACCUAGCUGGUUAACUAACCUUUACCUAGCUGGUUAACAAACUUUUACCUAGCUGGUCAACUAACCUUUACCUAGCUGGUUAACUAACCUUUACCUAGCUGAUUAACUAAACUUUACCUAGCUGGUUAACUAACCUUUACCUAGCUGGUUAACAAACUUUUACCUAGCUGGUUAACUAACCUUUACCUAGCUGGUUAACUAACCUUUACCUAGCUGGUUAACUAAACUUUACCUAGCUGGUUAACUAACCUUGACCUAGCUGUUUAACUAAAGAUUAGCUUUGUCUGUCUCCCUUUGCUUUCCAUGCUUUUUGAAAAUCUAUGUUUGAAUUGCUGCUGCAAAGUGAACCCUGUUUCUACAGUGACUGUCUUGUUUCAUUGUGAUCUAUUGUCUGCUGUUGGUUUUGCCUUUAUCUUAAACGUCCAACAAGUUCCUAAGAAUAAAGCCAUAUCUGCUAAACGUCCAUAGUCAAAUUCACCAGCAGCAGCCUUCGAACAGCUGAUCCAAUAGUUAACAUUACUCUCAUCAAAUGAACACAAUUCACAUAAUGGCACAUUCAGACUUCUAUUUUGGCUGUUAAAAACAACAACAUGCAUGGCCUUACAUAGAAUGUUCUGUAUCCUCCAUCCUAGCUCUGCUAUUUUCUGUUCCUCCAUAUAUUUUAUCAUCAGUUUUGUGGUCUUAAGUUUUCAUUUUUUGCAUGGUCUCAGAAUUACUUAAAUACUGUUGUAUUACAGCACUAGUAUUACUAGAGUUUGUAAAUGCUUUAGUACCUUGAUAUACUAUAUUUACAAAAGUAUGUGGACACACCUUCAAAUUAGUGGAUUCUGCUAUUUUUUUUCUUCAAUUUUCAAUUUUCAAUUUGUACCUUUAUUUAACUAGGCAAGUCAGUUAAGAACAAAAUCUUAUUUACAAUGACGGCCUACACCGGCCAAACCCGGACGACGCUGGGCCAAUUGUGCGCCGACCUAUGGGACUCCCAAUCACGGCCGGUUGUGAUACAGCCUGGAAUCGAACCAGGGGGUCUGUAGUGACGCCUCAAGCACUGAGAUGCAGUGUCUUAGACCACUGCACCACUUCAGUCACACCCGCUGCUGACAGGUGUAUAAAAUCGAGCACCGAGCCAUGCAAUCUCCAUAGACAAACAUUGGCAGUAGAAUGGCCUAACUGAAAAGCUCAGUGACUUUCAACGUGGCACCGUCAUAAGAUGCCACCUUUCCAACAAGUCAGUUCGUCAAAACGUCUAACCUGCUAGAGGUGCCCCGGUCAACUGUAAGUGCUGUUAUUGUGAAGUGGAAACGUCUAGGAGCAACAACGGCUCAGCUGCUGAGUGGUAGGCCACACAAGCCAACAGAACAGGACCGCCGAGUGAAAAAUCGUCUGUCCUCAGUUGCAGCACUCACUGCCAAGUUCCAAACUGCCUCUGGAAGCAACGUCAGCACAAGAACUGUUCAUCGGGAGCUUCAUGAAAUGGGUUUCCAUAGCCGAGCAGCCACACACAAGCCUAAGAUCACCAUGCGCAAUGCCAAGCGUCGGCUGGAGUGGUUUAAAGCUCGCCGCCAUUGGACUCUUAAACAGUGGAAAUGCAUUCUCUGGAGUGAUGAAUCACGCUUCACCAUCUGGCAGUCCGACGGACAAAUCUGGGUUUGGCGGAUGCCAGGAGAACGCUACCUGCCCCAAUGCAUAGUGCCAAAUAUAAAGUUUGGUGGAGGAGGAAUAAUGGUCUGGGGCUGUUUUUCAUGGUUCGGGCUAGGCCCCUUAGUUCCAGUGAAGGGAAAUCUUAACGCUACAGCAUACAAUGACAUUCUAGACUAUUUGUCCUUCCAACUAUGUGGCAACAGUUUGGGGAAGGCCCUUUCCUGUUUCAUAAUGACAAUUCCUCCGUGCACAAAGCGAGGUCCAUACAGAAAUGGUUUGUCGAGAUCGGUGUGUAAGAACUUGAUUUGCCUGCACAGAGCCAUGACCUGAACCCCAUCGAACACCUUUUGGAUGAAUUGGAACGCCGACUACAAGCCAGGCCUAAUCGCCCAACAUCAGUGUCCGACCUCACUAAUGCUCUUGUGGCUGAAUGGAAGCAAGUCCCCACAGCAAUGUUUCAACAUCUAGUGGAAAGCCUUCCCAUAAGAGUGGAGGCUGUUAUAGCAGCAAAGGAGGGAGCAACUCCAUAUUAAUGCCCAUGAUUUUGGAAUGAGAUGUUUGAUGAGCAGGUGUCCACAUACUUUUGGUCAUGUAGUGAUACUUCUGUAAUGCUGAGGAAUUUUGAAGUGUAGUGAAACCUACGUUUUUUGACUGAAACUAUGAAUGACCAAUGUGUUUAACAAAUGUAACAAAAGGGCCAAUUCGAUACCUAAUCUCACAAUAAACAGAGCUCCACAUUCUAUACAUAAAUGAUCAUCAAUUCAGUGGGUAUAUCAUUCUCUAUGCUCCCUAUUUGCUGUGACCUUAAAACAGCCAAGAUGACAUGAAUAAGGCCUAGCUCUCAGUAGAGAUAGAAUGUGCAAGCGUGACCAUUCACAGUAGCCUAGCUAAUGCCAGUUGGCCUUCUACAUUUUGUCUCUCUUUCAAAUUUAUGUGUAUCAUGUACAGUCCUCGUAAAGCAAUUGUUUGUCAAUUAAUGCAUUAUUACAACAUUUAUUUAGUAGCCCCAACUGUAUAUUCAAUUUGAUAAUGAUUUGAUAAUUAUUAACAUAUUUUGAUCAACUACUGUUCUGUUUCCUACAUAGCAAACAACCUCAGUCCUAAUGUCGUUGCACAGUAUUGUUGUAAUUCUAAAUUCUGUUAGAUUAAGCUAUUAACGAGUAUAGUAAAUGCUUACAUACUAAUUCAGGAGUCAGUCGUAUGUUUCCUUGAAUCAGUUACAUUUGUUUAUUGUGCAUGCCUAUUGUUUUGUAUGUGGUGGUAAACUGCAUUCCGAUUAUUUUGUUUUGUUUUCUCCUUCUCACCUAUCCACAAUGCAAUGCUGUCCCCAUGAUGCACCUCUGCUUGCUGUUACCUGUAUGUUAAUACGCUUGAAUCCCAUUGGCCCACUGCCAUCAUGUGCUCGCUGUCUGCUAUUAAAAGACUCAGUCGACUGCCAAAGCAAUGAAGCGACCCCUCGAGGCAACUGUAGACCUGGUACUUUGACCUUUCACCUUUUGCUUUGCACGUAGCUAUUAAUUGUACUGUAGCAACUCACAGAAUUUAAUUUGGCAUUUUUGUUUUUACAACUUCUUAAGACUCCUCUAGUAUGUGUACAGAAUAAUUCACCGUCAGUUAUCCUUCAGUCAUUUAAUAGGUGUUAUAUGAACAGUAUGAAGUUUUAGCCAUUCACUAAUUUGAUCAUAAAUACCUUUAUUUUGUCAUGUAAUAGUUGCAUACAGUUUACUAUUUGGUAAUGAUUGUAAUAUUAUUUACAUACAGUAUAAAGCUCAUAGCCAGUAAUAUUAUUUACAUACAGUAUAAAACACAUAGCCAGUGGAUUUUUGAGAGCUACUGUUAAGUGUUUUAUCUGUGUUGUGUUAACAUGUCCUUUGUCCUCGGCAGGCGUUCCCCUAUGGCUGCCUGCAGCCCCUACCAAAAAGACAAGCACUGGAGAAGAACCACGGGGCCAGCUCCUUCUUCAACCCCAGUAUGUUCCACUACCAGCAGGCUCUGGCCAACGCACAGCUCCAGCAGACAGCUGCGUUCUAUCCCACAGGUAUAAUCCAUGGCUCCACAGCCCAGUUUUCUGAGUAUAAUCCAUAAUCUAUGGCUUCACAGGCAGGCUGUCUGAGUAUAAUCCAUGGCUCCACAGCCAGGCUGUCUGAGUAUAAUCCAUAAUCUAUGGCUCCACAGCCAGGCUGUCUGAGUAUAAUCCAUGGCUCCACAGCCAGGCUGUCUGAGUAUAAUCCAUGCCUCCACAGCCAGGCUGUCUGAGUAUAAUCCAUGGCUCCACCGCCAGGCUGUCUGAGUAUAAUCCAUGCCUCCACCGCCAGGCUGUCUGAGUAUAAUCCAUGGCUCCACCGCCAGGCUGUCUGAGUAUAAUCCAUGGCUCCACAGCCAGGCUGUCUGAGUAUAAUCCAUGGCUCCACAGCCCAGCUGUCUGAGUAUAAUCCAUGGCUCCACAGCCAGGCUGUCUGAGUAUAAUCCAUGGCUCCACAGCCAGGCUGUCUGAGUAUAAUCCAUGGCUCCACAGCCAGGCUGUCUGAGUAUAAUCCAUGGCUCCACAGCCCAGCUGUCUGAGUAUAAUCCAUGGCUCCACAGCCAGGCUGUCUGAGUAUAAUCCAUGGCUCCACAGCCCAGCUGUCUCAGUUUAAUCCAUGGCUCCACAGCCAGGCUGUCUGAGUAUAAUCCAUGCCUCCACAGCCAGGCUGUCUGAGUAUAAUCCAUGGCUCCACAGCCCAGCUGUCUGAGUAUAAUCCAUGCCUCCACAGCUCCACUGUGCCUCUAUGAAUAAUGAUGACUUGUCCUUUAUAAUUCACUCCUCAUGCCCUCCCUGUUAAUGUUUGGUUGUUAUAUCUGUUUAACGUGUCAGUCAGGUGUCUUUCCUUGUUUUUCUACAUUCCUCGUGGUCCGAUGUAGCUAGCUUUGAUGAAGUAAUGCAACACCUUGUAAUUUGAGCUGUUAAUUUUAGCAAAUGAUGCACUUUCAAUGCCACUGUCACGUACAUAAUAGCUCAAUGCCCUGGCAGUUAGAUAUAUCAGUGUGUCCAGAUUACAUCAUCCAGGUUGGUUGAAGGAGACCAGCUUUAAUCAAAUGUAUCAAAUUCAGGCCAAUGGCCUACAUUGCUGUGAUAGAGUAAGUACUAAGUUGAACCCUGUGUUAAUACACCAUUAUAUCAUGAGUUUAGCUCUUUCUCUCAACAUGGCCUUCCUCUUGACAGCCAUAAUCAACAGUAACAGCCACUAUGCACUCUGGUUAGAUGCUUUAUCUCACUGCUAAGUUAACCACUGUACUGCCUGGCUGCCUUAGCACUGAUUCCCAUGUCAGUGGACAGGAGCUAUUUUAUUCUGCAAGUCUCAUCUACACCCUACACUUAAUCCCACACACUAUACUCCCUAACACGCAUCGUUUGUCGUGGGCUUGUAUCUGUGUAUGCUCACCAAGCUAAAGAACCCUUGGUUUCCAUUGAGGGGUUAAUGUCUUGCUUGUAUUUGGUUUUGGAUGUGUAAAAGCAUGCUGAAAACUCUAGCUAACCUGUGUUUCUUCCUCAUUAUCCUCUACUCACUCCCAACUGCACAAUCACACAGGGUCAGUGUUUUGCAUGUCUCCUGCUACCAGCAUUGGUAGGUCCCUUGCUUAUCUUUUCUGAUAUCACCUCUAAUGAAUGGAGAAUAUGGGUGGAAUGUUCUCGCUGUUGAUUUAAAAUACUGUCUUGUUAUUCCAAUGUGCCCUUGGAUAAAUAUUGUCUGGGUCAGAGGGUAAGGGUGUUUUAUAUACGUUGGGGACCAGCACAUUUUAAAUCACCUGUGAGAAAGUGUAUUUUAUAAUACGUUUCAGCAUUGUUUUGGUCAGCCAUGUUCGUGACAAAGCACCAGCUAUUAUGUUAUGCUCUUCACCAUCACUCAUUGGCCUACUUUUUUUCUCAUGAUUAUUUAGUUUACUUGAUUUGUGUCUGUUCUUCUCUGCAGUGAUAGCCAUACCGUUGUAAAUAAUACAAAUAUUCAAAACAUGUGACAUCAGUUAGUGCUUGUUGAUAUUUAUAGUUUGUUGCUGCUCUGUGGAUUAGGACAUUUGAUCAGUUUCCCAGAGAUUUUAUUGAACAUUUCUUGGUCUUUCCAUAUCCAAUUGCUUUUCCUCUAUUUGUAUAAAAAAGGGACCUUAUUUCUAACACAGCAGUGAAGAUACCAUCCUAAUGAUGAUAUAUGCUAUGCAAAACAUACUUUUUCUGUGUUGUAAUUGGAAGCGUUUAGUGUGAAAUGACAAUCUUCUCUGGGAAUCAGACAAAUAUCUGACACAUUUCCUGAACUGUAACUUCAAACAGCUUUCCUUCAUUCUUUUUCCCAUGCUUUCUUGCUUUGCACUGUGAUUGGAUGACCCUAACCCUUUGCACUGUGAUUGGAGGACCCUAACCCUUUGCACUGUGAUUGGAUGACCCUAACCCUUUGCACUGUGAUUGGAUGACCCUAACCCUUUGCACUGUGAUUGCAUGACCCUAACCCUUUGCACUGUGAUUGCAUGACCCUAUCCCUUUGCACUGUGAUUGGAUGACCCUUUGCACUGUGAUUGGAUGCCAUCUGCUGGUCUAACCUAAUGAUGGCUUGCUGCUAAUAUUGUACUGUGUUUCACCGUGCAAAAAAAAGAAAAGAAAAAAAGAAUAGAAUAGAUGAAAUGUUGCUAUGGUUACCAUAAUGCUCCAGCCACCUGUUCAUUGCUUCCAUGGUUCCCUUCCUGAAAAAGUACCCAUGAUGUACAGCACUACGCCUGCUACUGUCUCUGCAGCAACUACUCCUGCCACAAGUGUCCCCUACGCAGCAACAGCACCAGCCAAUCAGGUUUGCUCUUUUUUAAAGCUUUCUUUCAUGAAUCCCUGAGCUCUAAAUAAGUGUUGGUCAUGACAUCAGGAGACGGUUCUCAUCAAGGCAUAUUGCUCUCCUGCCUGUUGCCUUGCUUAUUAGCAAGCUUGACUAUAAUUAUUGUACAUGCUUUAUUAAAUAUAGUAAUGACAGAAAGCACUUAUUUAGAGAUCUCUCAUCUGCAAAUAGUAGUUGUUGUGUUGCAACAUUUCCUUAAUCGUUUUUUAUUUAGUGACAAGUGAUUUUAUUUAAUUCAGGUUUUACUAUAAUUCUGUCAAGUGAGAGAGAAAAAAUAAGCUAUGGAUAAGCCUAUUGGUUGAAGCAGCCUAAAUUAGCCCCUCAGACUAAAGAGACCAAUUUAAUAAAUGUAAGAUCAAUGAAGCUCAGAAUUUGCUGUUUUUAUCACAAGAAGGAGUUAAGUCUCUCUGUGUGUGUGUGUGUGUGUGUGUAUGUGUGUGUGUGUUAGGGCUGGGCAUUAUGUCCAAAAUAUCAUAUCACGGUAUUUCCUUCAGGCCGUUUGGAAAAAUCGUGGCAAAAUUAGAGUAUACCCACUUCUCCAGGUACCACUACACCCCUGGUUGGCAUCUACAUUGGUGCUUGUGCUGCAUUGGCCAUUGCAAACUGAACGCAAGUGUCUCGUGGUCGAGGAACAACAAAUGUGCUCAUUGAGUGACGGGUGGGGAAGGUCUGUGUGGAAAGCAGCAUGGAGAGAGAGCGGAGAAAGGACUCAAGUAGCGAAGUAAAGUAUAAAAAUGGAUGUUACACACGGCGGAUCACAUUUAACAAACAAAACAUUCAAAUACCGAUAUAGAAAGUAAAGUAAAAACCCAAACUGGUCCGUGCAUCAAUACCGCUAUAUAAUCGAUUAUAACCUGGGUAGUUCGAUCCCUGAGUGCUGAUUGGCUGACAGCCGUGGUAUAUCAGAGCGUAUACCACUGGUAUGACAAAACAUGUAUUUUUACAGCUCUAAUUACUUUGUUAACCAGUUUAUAAUAGCAAUAAGGCACCUCGGGGGUUUGUGGUAUAUGGCCAAUAUACCACGGCUAAGGGCUGUAUCCAGGCACUCCGCGUUGCGUCGUGCAUAAGAACAGCCCUUAGCCGUGGUAUAUUGGCCAUAUACCACACCCCCUCUGGCCUUAAUGCUUAAAUACGGUAUACCGCCCAGCCCAGGUGUGUGUGAACACGUGUUUGUGACAGGGCUGUCACGUUUUCCCAUGACAGCCCUGUGUUGCCUAUUUUAGACACUUCCACUUGGAGGUCAGGUCAGGUGAUGUGCUUAAUUCUUUGUCCAGCGGGAGAGUAGAGGAGGGGGCUGUGGUUUGGGAGAACACUACCAACAGCUUUCUGCUGCAGCUUAUUCUGCUGGAUGUUUUGGUCUUUUAUUUCACCUAGGUUGUUAACAUGGAAUAUACACUGAGUAAAACAUAAGGAACGCUUGCUCUUUCCAUGACAUAGACUGACCACGUGAAUCCAGGUGAAAGCUAUGACCCCUUAUUGAUGUCACUUGUUUAAUCCACUUCAAUCAGUGUACACUACCGGUCAAACAUUUUAGAACACCUACUCAUUCAAGGGUUUUUCUUUAUUUUUACUAUUUUCUACAUUGUAGAAUAAUAGUGAAGACAUCAAAACUAUGAAAUAACACAUGGAAUCAUGUAGUAACCAAAAAGUGUUAAACAAAUCAAAAUAUAUUUUAUAUUUGAGAUUCUUCAAAUAGCCACCCUUUGCCUUGAUGACAGCUUUGCACACGCUUGGCAUUCUCUCAACCAGCUUCAUGAGGAAUGCUUUUCCAACAGUCUUGAAGGAGUUCCCACAUAUGCUGAGCACUUGUUGGCUGCUUUUCCUUCACUCUGUGGUCCGACUCAUCCCAAACCAUUUACUACAUGAUUCCAUAUGUGUUAUUUCAUAGUUUUGAUGUCUUCACUAUUAUUCUACAAUGUAGGAAAUAGUAAAAAUUAAGAAAAACCCUUGAAUGAGUAGGUGUUCUAAAACUUUUAUGACCGGUAGUGUAGAUGAAAGGGAGGAGACAGGUUAAAGAAGGAUUUUAAACCCUUGAGAAAAUUGAGACAAGGAUAGUGUAUGUGUGCAACUCCUGAGUGGCGCAGUGGUCUAAGGCACUGCAUCGCAGUGCUAACUGUGCCACUAGAGAUCCUGGUUCGAAUCCAGGCUCUGUCGCAGCCGGCCGCGACCGGGAGACUCAUGGGCAGCGCACAAUUGGCCCAGCGUCGUCCAGGGUAGGGGAGGGAAUGGCCGGCAGGGAUGUAGCUCAGUUGAUAGAGUAUGGUGUUUGCAACGCCAGGGUUGUGGGUUCGAUUUCCACGGGGGGCCAGUAUAAAAAAAAAUAUAUAUAUAUAUGUAUUCACUAACUGUAAGUCGCUCUGGAUAAGAGCGUCUGCUAAAUGACUAAAAUGUAAACAUUAGGAAGGUGUUCCUAGUGUUUGGUAUACUAACAUAGUGAAUGUGUGUGUCGCUAGCAAGGCUAUACAUGUUUUAUUUGUACUUUCUCUGAUUUCAAUUAGUUUUUGUUGUUGAGAUUUGCAACAUUUUAGUUUGAGCUUUUGUUGUUGAUUUGUUCUUUUUAUUUUCAAUGUUAUUACAAUAACCUGGGUAUGUAGACUACUGCCUCAGCUCUGAAUCUUAUCUGAAAGAUGUCUCAACUCAACAGAAUGAUGUUUGUUUUACUGAAAGAUGUCUCAACUCAACAGAAUGAUGUUUGUUUUACUGAAAGAUGUCUCAGCUCAACAGAAUGAUGUUUGUUUUACAUGCAGGAUUUAAAUAUAUAUUCUUCUCAUGGUUUGCUUUGUUUCUUCAGCAGUAUUUGAUUGUACUGGUCACAGUUUUGCUACUGCUCUACUUCUGCAGAUAAGAACCAUUUUUCUUUCAACAUUUGCUGCCAUGAAUCUUGUACAGAACUGCAUCAGUACUGUUUUUGCCAUCCAGAAAUGCACUGGUGGCACUGUUACUUGGACCUAAGGGCAAUCGGUCAUGUUGAUUGUGAAUGCCACCAUUGAGUAACACGAUGUCUCAAUUUCUGCUCCUAAAACAGAUCAUCCUCAAGUAACAAACAAGGAAGGAACAGAGUGUCAAGACGCUGCCCUUAGAGGUCCUAAACAGCCCUUCUGUAAAUACUACAUUUGCUCCACACGAGAACUAGAGCAACCUGCAUGCUGA